CGGGUUGAAAACACUGGCUAGAAGUUUAAAUUGCAUUUAUGAGCGAUGGUUGUUUUGUUUUGAAUCAAAACUUGAGUUAAUCAGUUCGAAUUGUAACCAUCCAAAAUGUCACGAGCACAAGCUGAGAGUGUCAUAAAGAACAUCAUUAGAGAGAUAGCACAAGAGUGUGCUAGUAAAGGACAAGCUGUCUCUGAAACUUUGGUUGCUUUUAUGGUCAAAGCUGUAGUGUUGGAUCCAAGGAAUGAAUUUAAUGUAGACAGAACGCUGACGAAGGAUGAUGUCCACAAACUUAUUAAGUUGUGUGUAGAUCGACUGUUAGACAGCAGAUCACCAGCUCUAGACACAGUUAAAAUGCAGGUCUAUUUUGAUAUGAACUAUACAACAAGAGCUGACUUUCUAGAAGAGCAUAGGAGAGUAUUGGAAUCUCGUUUACAACCAGUUGUGAGAGAGAUUACCGACAGUCGUGCUAGAACUCGAGAAGAAUUAGAGAGUCUGUACAGAAAGAUAGUAUCAGCAGUCUUACUCCGAUCAGGUUUGGGAUCACCAACAGAUAUUGCAGUAGUCAGAGAAGCAACUGCCGCAUUGCAGAGUGUCUUUCCACAGACAGAGUUGGGUACAUUUAUGUCACUUGUGAAGAAAGAUAAAGAGAGACAGCUGGUGGAAUUAACACAUAUAGUAACUGGUAUUAGACUCUUUAAUAAAGAAUGUGGUAAAGGAGGGGAAGGAAUCGAUGAUUUGCCUGCUAUAUUGAAUGAAGCCGUGCCAGCGACAACGCAAAAUGUGGAUAUUGAGAUUCAAAGAACCACAGACACAGCAUUCAGAUAUACUGCUUUGAUGGAGAAAAUGAUGUCUGGUGAAGUGCAUGAUGGUCCAUCAUUACAAUUAUUAAAAGAUUCCGAUAUUAACGCCAGACAACAUGAAGCAUUUUUGAGAAUUAUUCUGCCACAGUUCAUCAAUUUGGCUCAUAUAUGGAGUGGAUUCCAAGAUGAGAUGGUUCUUCUUAGUGUACUUAGUAAUAUCCUGGCUAGUCUGGAACCAUUCACUAAGGGACAUCGUGAUGUGUUCACUGAUGAAAUGCUGUCACCAUUUAUGGAGAAUGUCUAUGUUAAAACUGAUGAAACUAGAAUUAGAGAGACAAGUGGAGGCGAUAACAGAGUUAAACCAUCAGACAUGAAACAUCUUGACUGGUUGUUUCCAGAAACGACAAAGAACUUUGAGAGAUUACCAUUACAGUAUAGGGGCUACUGUGGAUGGGCAUUGGUGAAGUAUGAUCGUUUAUUGUUGCCUGGCAACCCAGAUAUAGGAGUUCUACGUUACAAAGAUCGAUAUUAUGCAUUCUCACAAAAAGAAGCGGCUUAUGAAUUUGCAAGUGAUCCAGACAGGUUUAUUACAUUGGUAGCUGAGGGAGCGAAAAAAUCACCAGAGUUGAUUCAACUGUUGGAAUUACACACUCAGUUUGCCACUAUUACUCCUUAUUCACAGGGUCGUGAUCAAGGUAAGAUGAUUGAGAAACCGAUUACCAAAUGUGAUAUGGGUGUGGCUAACCUCCGAACAAAAAUAACUCAUUCAGUACAGACUAACCUAAGUAACAUGCGAAGAGAUAAUGUCUCUCAAGUCUAUUUACCAAAGGAUCAAGAAUCUCAGACUAAACGUGAUGGCGGUAGCAACGUGCCUAAACCACAGACGUUCUUAGCUGGAUUACGUGGCGGUGGAUUCCAAACUAGACCUACUAUCAUGACUAAAGUCGAUCUCACUGUUGAUGUGGACCAAACAUAACUGCACUCCCGGCAUGCAAAUAUUGUAAAUUCAAUGUUACUGUGUAAAUUGUUUUUUAUUAAAGUAUGUGAUGAUAAGUUCAAUGUCACUAGUUCAAUUAGUUUUAGUCUAUAAUCUUUGCUCGUUCCAAAGUUGUUAUCCCAUUCCUUAAGCCUAAAGAUGGUAAAUAAUCAUUCAAGUAUCGGUCAAACACAGACCAUUCAUUAGAUUGAACAAUUACAAUCACUACUUUGAUAUACACAAGGAUACUGAAUUGUCAAAGUUUUCACUCUGUGUAUUACUCAUAUUGGAUGAAAUGAUAAGAUUGAAUUUAUUUACAAUAUACGUUUAAAACUACAUAUUAAUUAACCAUGGGGUGUCUGUUACAUAGCGUUACUUUUGUGUGUUAAUUAGUCUUUUCAACCAUUGUGCCUAGGCAAGUGGAGUGAAGUAUAACUGGUAUGGUUAAAAUGAGCAUGGACUCUAGACUAUAGUACUUUCGAAUUAUUAUUUCUAACAAUUUUUUCUUGUACAUAUUACUGUUUUAAAAUUGUAAUUUCUGUACGAAUUGUGAGUGAAAUUAAACUGAUUGUUCUCCCUUGUAUC